UUUCUGGCCUCUGGACUUAGGCCACUUGUAUUCUGUAUGCUCUAAACCUAUACAGGCAGCCAUCUUUGUAUUCUCCCUGCCUCCUGCCAAUUUGUAGCUCUGUGUUUUUUCUCUUGCCAUGUCCAUGAUCCCUCCAAGUUCACCGUCUGUCAACCCCGAAGGACCCCCCACUCGCCCAACUACUCCAGAACCCGAUCCCAAUGCCCACCACCGUGAAGAUAAAUCCGUAUGCACUCCGAAACCCUCGCUGGGACUGACUCGAACCAGUGCCAUGAUAUUUGUAACGGACGGUGAAGGAAAGAUAUCACAAUAUCCCCUCGCUGAAGGAGUCAUGUAUCGAGACUUGCCACCCGUCCUCAAGGUCCUUCGUAACCUCGUAUUCGACCUAGACGAAAUUAUACCCCGCCUCUACCUUUCCGGUGUCGUUCCCGCCCUCUCCGCACCCACUCUAGAAAAGUACCGAAUAACGCACGUCAUUUCCGUUAUGAACGACCCUCCAAACGUCAUCCCUACCGUCUCCACCGCUCCGACUAAAGAUAGGGUCACGCCAUCUCCAUCAAAUUCUCCCAUAACCGAGUCAUCUCGUUCAACAUCAUCAUCUCUAACUUUCUUGAAAAUACCUGUUACCGAUACGCCAUCAUCGGAUCUUCGUUCCCACUUCCCCAAAGCCCUCAAUUUCAUCGCAUCAACCCUCGCCACUGAUCCAGAUGCGCGAAUAUUAUGCCAUUGUUAUGGAGGAAUAAGCCGAAGUGCAACGAUCGUGAUGGCGUAUUUGAUGUCGACACGGAGACUUGGCGUUGAUGAAGCCCUAGAGUUCGUUCGGAGUAAGAGACCACAGGUUAGACCUAAUUCUGGUUUUAUGGCGCAGUUGAAACGAUGGGAGAAGGAUGCUGAGGAAAGGAGAAUUAGAAAGAGGAAGACGUUCAGCCCUGUUGCUGGGGAAUGUCCCAGCCCUACUCGGUCCCGAAAGGCGUGUUGAGCGCGGGUUUUGCCGUUCUCA